UGCCCCUAAGUGACCGACAGAAAGCUAAUACCAGCAUGCUAAGUGACACGGUCAAUUUCUCCGUCAGUUGUAAGGGCUUCAAGGUGGUCAACAUCCAGCUGCCGAUAUUCACAGAUGCCAUUAAGGAUGAAGAAGAGGUUCAAGUUUUCACAAAAUAUGGCCGUCUUGGUUGGCAGUACUCGGGAAUGGCGUACCGGGUGAACAAAGAGAGAAAAGUGCUUAAUUUCGUGCUACGCCUGCCAGACGUAGGUGAAUACGCCUGGUUUCGUGUGCAACGCGUGAAAAAUGACACAGAAGGAAAGGGGCUCUCACCAAAUGAUGGAGAUCCAAUAAACGACAGCCUUCUUGUAAAAUUGGCGCCCAUGCUUGGAAAAGACUGGGAAUCUUUAGCCAAACAUAUAGGUCUCUCCCCUCAGAUAUUUACCAAUAAUUCGGACGAUGACACCACCAACGCAUGCGCAGUACUGCGGAAGUGGUCCCAGUCUGUGCCUAUAUCCGCUGACAAGGCUUCAACCUUGCAGAAGGUGUUUGGACAAAUUGGCCGGCAGGAUUUGGCGGCACUUUUGAAACAGUCAUGAACUUGGCAUUCGAACUGGGCUCAUUAUAGCUCAUGAAGCAUUUCAUCAACGAAGUCUUUGCAUAAGAACAUCUACUAUAAUGCACUCAUUGUAACAUGCCAUAUAUAUGUAUGCCGUGCUUCUUAGUACCCAACAGUUCACUAACCACGAAUUAGAACGUUAACCGUACCCUUAACUGUGGCAGUCAGGGCAGUUGUAAUACUGAGGAGAGAGUUGAAAGUCGCAAAGAAGAUGGAAAGAUACCUUCCCUUCACAGGUUUGGUUUAGAAAAAAAAAGAGAACAUUUCCUCACAUGGGAAUUCUAGACAUUAAACUGAUGUGACUGGACACAGAAAAGAGGGGGAAUCGGGCUUAUAUAUCCUCGUUUUUUACCGAUACUGCAGACUUAUUUGAUCACAGUGCAAUAUCAUCUUUUUAUUGUAAAUAUGCAUGUAGGCUAUAAAAAACCAUAUUAUGUCUUGUAUUAACAAAGGUAAAAAUGAUAUAGAAAACUUUAUGAAUAAUGCUUCUGUAAAAGUAAAUCACCGAAAUGCUGCCUUACUUGCCCCUUACAUUAAUUUAUUUGAAAGCUCAUUGACGUGCUUAAUCAUCUGUAUACAGUACGAGAUAGCGUGGUAGCUAUAUAAACGUGUAUUGAUGACAUCUUAUCAAUUAAGGUUACAUUAAUGUGUAUCAGACAGAAGCUACUGACUAUGAUAAUAGAUAUUUGCAUUUUAAUAAUUAUGAAUGUGUUCAUCUACAUUAAUAUUGGAAAAAAAAACCCGUAAUACCCCAUACUAAGAUACCACCAGUACGACUAAUGUAACGCUAGAAUUUAAAAAAAAACCUUCCUAUGUGCCAAAAAAUACGCACAAAUUGCACACGUGGAAACUCUGUACAUGGACAUUCCCAGAACUUAGUUACUAAAACUGUAACUCACACUGGCACCAAAGAAAGUGUUAAAUAAGAAAGGAUCUGCAUGUUCCUUGGUUAAACUCCAAAUUUCGGGAAGUUCGGUCAACCACUGUGAAGUGAUUGUUGAUCUUUUUAACUUGCUGGGGGGGGGGGGGGAGUAGAAAUAUACUAACACCGGUGACUAUAAUCAUUUCUCUUUGGUGCCAGACUGCACAAUGGCCAACUUUGGUUGCACAACCUGACUGCCUAUUAAUUUAUGUUCCAACUUUCAAAUUAACUUUCACAUAGAAAAUUUCUGCAUCAAAUAACUGUGACAACCUCUCGCGGGCGAUGUACAGUGUAGUUAGUUGUGAACAUCUUAUAUGCCGGUAUGACAGGAAUGGUGCCUUUAGAAUAGUACUCCUUGGUCCCAUUGGAUUAGUGCAGGUUAGGAUUAGCAGGACAUAUCGCGGUCAUGGGAAACAGAUUAAGGUGCUUAGCGGACU